AUGGCUUUCUACUUUGCUCAUUUGAACUUUAAGAGAGGUGUUUUUAACCACUAUCCCAACCUGUCUCGGAAGAGGAAGCGGGAUAGCUCGGGGGACCAUUCUUGUAGGAGAUUGGCUAUCUCCAGCUGCAACAAUUUCUUUGCAGUUGGGUUUGGCAAUGGAUUUGUGGUAUUAUAUAGUCGUGUUCGAGGCAUGAGUUUUGUAAAUGUUGGUUUGAGUUGUUUUUCGAAAUGGCCAGUACGUGGGAUCAUUCUCUUGGACUCUAGCAGACUUUAUGUAGCUUAUGGGAAUGGGGAUGUUUUUCAUUGGGAGAACCCUGUAGGAGAUAUGUCCACCCACAUUCGCAUUUGUAAAGGUGACAUGGCCAUAGAUGGGUCUCUACUCGACUUCUCAGGCACACGGACACAUUGGGUUGGACUGUAUUCAGGUGCAGAUCUUUUCGUGUGUGGGAUUGGUGUGACAGGUGAUGUAUUGUAUUCCGGGGGUAAUUUGGAGGUGGGACGAUUUGGGAAGAUUUUUUUUGUUUUAGAUGUGGUUGUGGCGUGCACUGCGGUUGCUGCUUGCUACUUCCAUAUUCAGACUCCCGGUGACGUUCAUGUUCUUAUAGAGGGUGGUGUGAUGAUUGGUUGUGUUGGUGGCGGUGUUAGUUCCGUGGUGCUUACCAAUGCACAUCGUGUAGCUACCAUUUAUCGCCCGUCUCAUGAUGGAGAGAUGGGUAUCUUGGUUUUACCGCACACUCUGCCACAGUCUGCGCGUUGCUGUCUUAACGAGUCAGUUUGCUUUGCUAUAGAUCAUGGAGGGGCGAUUGUUGUCUUCGAUGUUGUCGGUGGUGCUCGUCUGUACAGACUAGGCGAUAAUGCAGCAUUGAGAGGCUCCUCGUUGAAGCUGAUAACCGGACCGUUGCCAUUGCAUUGCUCGGUGAAGAGACAGGACGAGUUCAGCACAUUGAUGUCGUUGUUGGACCCCGCCACGCCAAAGUGA